AUGCGCUUCACCUCCUCCGGACUCGUCGCUCUCGGCGCCGCAGCCCUCGUGUCGGGUCAAACAACCACGACGAGCACCGAAACUGGCUCCGUUUCCACCAUCACCUCGGCGACGACCGUUUUCCCGUCUUCCACGACGACCACCGCCACGCCGGCUGUUACCACGACCGCCUCUGUCGUCCCUACCAACGCGGCGGGUAGCAACGUUGCUGGGCUGGAGGGGCCUCUGGCGGGGCUGGUCGUGUUUGCUGUUAUGGCUGUGGGGUUGGUGUGAAUUCGAGGCAAUGGUGGUGGUGGUCGUGAUGGUAGUGAGAUAGGGAAGGGAUCGUCGUGGUGAUGAUAGCGGCAGCAGUAGUGACGGAAAGGGGUUGUAAUGUAUUGUACAUAAGGACAUGUGAAGGAAUCAGAUGUUGGAAGAAUUUGUACCAC